UUUCAUAUUGACAUGAAGGCGGAUUUUUCGAAAGGACAUUCAUCAUUGUAACUUUUGUAUAAUAGAGUACCAUGUUAUUUCUUGAAUUGUUGAGCGGUUAUUCAAAUGGAGCAUUUAUUUACAGUUGACGGAAGACUGUGUCAAUGUUCGAUCGAGCGAUCCACGUCAAAUCACAAACAUUGUUGUCUUAAAGUGUGUGUUUAUGGAUUCUGUCAGAGUCGUAAACUUUUUAUGAAAUACCAUGAAUUUUCUAUCGACUUAAAACAAGAUAUUUUUAAAAUCGUAGACAUUGAAGUAAAACUUGACAUUUUAACAGGGUUUAAUAAGAUACUGUUAUAUACUAUAACAAAAGCCAAUGCUGGAUUUGUACAUGUGUUUCAACUUGAAAGAAAUUUUAGAUCAUUUCGUGUAGUUGCUAAAUUCGGAACACUGUCCACACCAAGACUAAAGAAUGUUUACUUCAUUGAUGGCCCGGGCAUUAUACAAAACAGCUGUAAGAAGGCUAUUCUCCAUAGAGGUUAUAAUAACCAAAAGGAGUCCAUCUUUCUGGAGAAUGCGUCUAUGAAAAAUAUUCUUUGGUCUGGAUAUUGUGAGGAUUUAGACAGUGUGGUUGUAAUUUCUUACAUCUCAAGGAAUGAAAAAACAGAACUCUUCACUUUAUUUCUUGAUGUUUUUUCUGAUGAGUGCAAAACAGUGGAUUCCAGCUUUUUAAUACCUGAGGAGUUUAAAAACUUAGUUGCAGUUAAUGUUUUAAACUUAUCCAGAGUGACUGAUCCUGAAAGGACUGCUUAUCAUUCAGAUAUCAUUACAUUAACAACUGAUGGAUUUUUCAUUUAUUUACAACAUGGAAGGAUUCUCUGGGCUUUGCCUACAUCAAUAUCAUACACAGAGUGUACAGUUUUAUUUUCAUGGCAUGCAUACUCGUUGAAUACUCAGUUUGCUGCUGUUCACAACAAUGAUGUUGUAACAUUCAUCGACACAAAGGAAAGGAAGAUUGUAGGAACAGUGACUGAUGCUGUACAAGUUUACCAGGAUGAUUUUGUUGGUUGUGGUCAGCCCCAGCUUCUCUGUGGAUUCAGUGGAUUUUCCCUGACAGAAAACUCAGGUUGGCUUCUCACGGACAAAGGGACCUGGUUGUUGGAUCAAAGAACAGUAGAGGAAGUGGUGGACCUUGAUGAAAGCCACAAGCCAGCUGUUCUGGCUCUUCAGAAAAGACUUCAGAAUGAACUGAUAGCUUUUCAUAACAAGUCCCAUACUGUCAACACAGAGAGGUCAAAGUUCAUCACAGACAACUGGAGGUUACUGCUUCAUCUAAAUCAAAGUUCUCAAGCAAACACAACAGUACAGUCAAACAAUAUCCUACAGAUUUCUGCAGAAAAAGUUUGGCAAGUUGUAGAUGACAAGAAAUGGUUGGUGGGUUUAAGCCUUGUCAAUAACUCUGAUAGCUCAUUGUGUGGCCUCUCACUGUCACUUCUACCCAUUGAUCAAGAUGGUGGUCAGUCAGGAAAAGUUUUACACACCAGAAGCCAGUGGCUGGUGGCCGAGGACCCAGAAAACAGAAGGUCAAAGGUCACAAGGAAAAACAUGAAUAAGGUCCCCCGAUCCACACCACCCCCCUCAGAGCUACAGCCCCUAGAGAGGGGGUUAGUAGUUUGUGAGACAGAUCUCCCUAGUUUUGUCUCCAACUCACAGUUUUCAUGUGAAAUCACUUUAACCUUGACCUGUUGCACAGGGGUUGAAGGAUACUUGAGUGAUUCAAGACCUUUGUACAAAGUGCAGCAUUCUUGUGGAGUCAUUACUAUUGAAGCACAUAAACUAAUUAAAGAAGAAUAUUCUUUGGAAAUGUUAACAGAGAAAGAAUGUGAAAACGGCAAUUGGAUAGAGGGAGCUGUGUCAUUAUUAACCCAUGUCACAAGUCAUCUGGAAUUGAGGACAGUGUGGUCCAAUGCUUCAUGCUUGGCUGACUGGAUGGUGAAUCUCUGCCAGUUCCACUACAGUACUGAUCAGAACCGCUACAGGUCUACAUUAAAUGCCUUCUCUGGAGUGAAGCUGAUGAUCCAUCCUCGGUCAACUCAUGACAACGCUCUCAUCACUGUCUACUCAAAAUCAGAAAAACAAAUCUUGCUGCUAGUCCGCCAUCUUUACGAUUGUCUGGCGGAUGACAUCGCCAUUUUUUCUCAUCUUAGAGAAGAUGAUGAAGGACUUCAAAAAGCUAUAGAGGCUAUCAAGAGGGAAAUAGAGUUAAUCAAAUCUCCACAGGAGGCACCCAAAAAAGGUAGUCGUGCUUUCGUCGCGGAACUUCCGGAAUCCGACGACGGUGGCGCUGUUCUAGUGAACAACAUCAGGGAAAACUUCCGGAAAAGAAAAGAAGCCACAGAAUCUGUAAAAGACGAAGACAGGAAAUCAGAACAAGGAGAAUACCUGUAUCAAGCGCAACAGCAUACGGACGAAGCUUUAUCAAAAUUAUUAAAUUAGAAAUUGUAUUUAUUUUGAGAGAACUCUGCUAUUUGAAUAAGUUAUGCUUUAUUCUUUCCUCGCAGUUUUUUUUUAAAGUGUACGUAUUGUGCAAAUUAAACAGUUCAAAUUAGUUUUCCAGAAUAUAGUGAGGAUA